AUGAGACCUAACGGAUUUGAAAAUAUUAGCAAAGAGCAAGAAGCAAAGAAGCUCGGUGCUUCUGAGUUCUAUGCCACCAAGGGAGCCAAAGAGCUCAAGAUCAAGGCGCCCAUCGACAACCUGAUCGUGACCACCAGCAGUCAACCCGAUUGGCCCUUGUAUCUGCAAAACAUGAGUCCCAAUGGAGUCAUCUCUCCCCUCUCGGUGGAUUCCAAUGACCUGAAGAUCCCUUACAUGCCCUUGUUGGUCAAUGGCCUGCGUAUCCAGGGUGGCAUCGUUUCUUCGCGCCAGGUUCACCGGGAUAUGCUCGACUUUGCGGCUUUCCACAACAUCAAGCCUGUCAAGAUGACCUUCCCCUUGACAUUGGAGGGUGUGGAGGAGAGUCUGAAGACUUUGGAGGACGGAAAGAUGCGUUACCGCGGUGUGCUGGUGGCAUAG